GGGAGGGCACCCUCAUACAUCCCCAACUGUGAGCGGUACUUGCCCAUCAGCUCCAUUGGUAUUCUCAUCAUCAAUACGAACACACGGUGUCACGAAGCCAGAAGAGAAAACGGAGAAGGGAAGGAGGGACUUACUGGAGUAGGACAAGGAGACGCGAGGUGAGCCUGUCAGCGCCUCCUCCUUUUCAGCCUUAACGAGCGCAGCAAGCCAGGCUCAGAGGCGGAGUGAUUAUCAGACUGGCGGAGUGAUUAUCAGACCGGUGAACCAGGUGGAGGGCAAAGAUAGUGCGUCAACCUCUGAAGAAGAGCACCACGAUGACGCCUUGAAGGUGCUGGACUCGGAUUGGGUGAACACAUUUUGAUUGGGCGCCAGCCGGAAGAAUGGAUACACUCCCCACCACCUCACCUUCAUUUGGCCUUAAGGACAACUGCAAUGACUGGGUCACUUGGUGUCAGGUGUUCUUACAGAGGCAGGAAUUCACAUUCGGCGCUGUGGAGAAAAUGUGCGCCUGAGCUUGAGAAAUUCAGGGGGGGAAAAAAACCCAAACUUCACCUCUGUAGCAAAUUUUGCUUCCUAAUUUGGAGCAGUAUUGACUACAGCGGGCCAUAACAUCUGAAACAUGCUAUAUUCAUGGAUCUCACACAGAGGAGGUCAUUGAUCUGCUCAUGCUGUUUUUUUUUUCCUUUUGGGAAAAAUGAUUUUCAUGCUGCGUUUUAUUGACCGCUCUCAGAAAAGUGACAUUAUUUCAUUUCUUUCAUCGAGUCCACAAGCACGUUAUCUCGGACUAGUACCAAGGAGACAAAUAGUCAAGUAAGAAAAGGACCAGAGGAGAUUUCACCCACCCAUAAAUCCCCACCUCACCGCCAUGGUGAUGUCUCAGGGCACCUACACCUUCCUGGCCUGUUUCGCCGGCUUCUGGUUGGUCUGGGCCUUCGUCGUCAUGCUCUGCUGCUUCUGCAGCUUCCUACAGCGCCGGCUCAAGCGGCGCCGUGAAGUUCGGCUGAGGGAGCAGUGUCUCCGAACCGUGGAGACUGAGCCGCUCACUUGUCCCGCUUCGGCGUACCCGCCGCCCGCCGCUCCUCAAGCGGCACCGCCGCCUUCCCAGCAGGUGGCACCGCAGUUCUCACUGUCGCCGCAGCUUCCGCUUCAAGUUCCCCAUCCUUUGCCUGAAGCUAACUGGGUCAGCAUGCCUGAAGCAGAUCUAUUUGGAAAGCCACCAUGCUACGAGGAGGCAGUCCUAAUGGAAGACCCUCCGCCUCCAUACACUGACGUCCUGUCAGAACCCCGAGGGGGCACCUACCUGAAACCUGCCCCGCUUCGAGCCGCGCCGCUGCCUCCCAGGGAACACCAGGACCCCAGUCCGGCGUUCCCAUCAGAGACCAGCAAGCCUCCACCACCGUCGUCAUCAGUGUUCUCUGAGCGGGGUUACUCCUCCCUGAUUCGCCUGCCUUCAUCUCAGCGCUGGGACUCUUUGGGCCACCUGCUUUCCAACAUGGAACUGAACCAGUACAACCUCACCCCUCCGGGGGCUCGCUCCCUGCAGGCGGGCGCCGCCAUGGCAACCAUGCCUCGCCAGGAGAACAGGACCGGUGAUCUUAGAGGAAGGAUGCAGGGACUUCACCACAGGGACUUUCAAGGAGGGGUGCAGAGGCUAAGAGGACUGGAGUCCAGUUGUGGUUUGCCCACAGCUUUCCCUCUGCUGGGGCGGAGCACUGCUGUCUAGGCCGACAGUGGUUUUAGGACACUUAUUGAGGCAAAUAAAGAGGCGGCGGACUGACACCGAGCGUGGUGUUUUCAUCGAGCAUCCUAUUGUUCCACGGCAGCCGUUGCCAUGGCGUCCGGGAACUGUGCGUUCCCCAUGCCGACCUCUCUCCUCCUCUUAUCUGUUUUUCGGAGGACGAACACACAAAAAAAGUUGCUAGCCAUGCGGUAUAUAAGACGCUGCUUAUAGGUGUGUCCUGUGUACUGCCUUUCUCACCGAACGUAGCUCGGUUGCAUUCUUUAAACGCUUUGUGACACCACACAGGCAUUUUAAAAUACGUCAGAAUAAAAGUCUUAAAAAAGCCAAUUGUCUUACUUUCCCCCACACCGUUCAAGAGCAGCCUGCAGCCUUCAGGCUGAUGAGUCACUGAUCAUCAGCUUCAUUUAGCACCCUUUCUCCUUUAAAAAUAAACAGAGAAAUGGAUCGUGCAACAGAAAAAGAGCAUCUCAGCCACUCAAGACACUUUAUAAAUUGUCAAUUCAAUUGUGAAAUCUAACCAUUUUCAUUUCAUUGAGUGACGCCCAUCAAAAAAGUGGUGGUCGGGAACAAUGAUCUAAUUAGUUGUAGUGCGAUUUAAGUGAAAUGAAAAUCAUCUUGCAUGACCAAUUUGUGCAUUUAAUGACUUAUGAAUGUGGUUGCUUU